AUGGUCGAAUCCUUAAGUAAUUUAGACUAGUUAAACAUUUCAGGUGCUGAUGCUUAUAUUUAUUCAAGCGAACCAGUGACUAUCGAAUAAGUCAGAUCAAUGGGAAGAGCAAGCGAUAAGCUAUUCUGCAAACUGCAAGACAAUAAGUUUCUGACAUUCGGGCAUUACAUUAUCAAGGAUUACGAGUCAAAGACUGUUCUAGUUGAAAUUGGGGAGGAUCUUCAAACUUAUGCUCAUCAGGAAGCUGUCUAAAGAGAAAUUGAUGGCCAGUCAACAAUUGAGUCAAGAACUGUGAUGUACAGAUUCGGUCCACAGUUCCUAGAACUUAAGACUCUUAGUUUAAGACUAGAAUUCAACAUUGUAUGCGAGGAACCAAUUAAAGAUUUGCUACUUAUUGAAAGACACUACUUUAGAGAUCGUUUGCUAAUCAACUUUGAAUUCAAGUUCCCCUUCUGCAUGCCAAAGAGUAAAAAUGACUGUGAAUUCAUUUAUGACCUUCCAAACCUAACUGAGGAGGAGAAGAAAGAAAUGAUUGAGAAUCCCUGGGAAGUCAAGUCCGAUAGUUUCUUCUUCCAUGAGGGAAGACUUAUCAUCCAUAAUAAAGCCGCUUACAGCUAUGAAUGA